UAUUUCCUCCUCUUAAAUUUCGCCCGUAGCCCUGAGGCUGACACAUUGAUUGGGACAGGUAGAUUGGCCCUUCGAUACGAGGAGCGAAGUGCGGUGCUAAGCGUUUACAGGGACAGAGGAUUUAGUGAAGCUGUCGAGGGAAUUGAAAGGAGAUGAGGAUGAUGUCACUGAGUCUGGAAAAUAAUAAAUGAUGCAGCCAAAAAAGAAAUGGAAAGAACCGGCGUCACUUGUGGAGUUGGUAUUCAUCCCACGUUAAAUUAAGUCCUAUAAUUUCAAGGAACGGGUUCCUGUGGCUCAUUCUACAAACGGACAGCCCAUAUUGAUAAAUACAUAUUUUGACAAAAAUCUAUAUGCGUCCUUUUACUGUGACUUCAUCAGUCUUGUUGGACAAGAACUUUGGGGAUUUAUUGUCAAAGUCCAGCCGAGGAAUUAUUCCUGCAUACAGUACGUGGUCUUGAACUUCAAACUUGCGUAUAAAAGGAAUUCUUUUACAGGUGAUCCCUGAAGACUAGGGUUUGAACAUGCCCGCAGUAGUUGCUGCAGUACUGGGUUUGUGGAUAGGUGCCGCAGUGGUGGUCUGCGGUGCCCCCUGCGAGCCGGUGAAUAUCCCCAUGUGUAGGACCAUGCCGUGGAACAUAACCAGAAUGCCCAACCACCUCCACCACAGCACGCAGGAGAACGCGAUCCUUGCUAUCGAGCAGUACCAAGAGCUGGUGGACAUCAACUGCAGUGAAGUGCUGCGCUUUUUCCUCUGCGCGAUGUACGCUCCCAUCUGCACCCUGGAGUUCCUCCACGACCCCAUCAAACCGUGCAAGUCGGUGUGCCAGCGAGCGAGGGACGGGUGUGAGCCCAUCAUGAGGCGGUACAACCACAGCUGGCCCGAAAGCCUGGCAUGUGACGAGUUACCAGUGUACGACCGGGGAGUCUGCAUCUCUCCCGAAGCCAUAGUUACGGACCUACCUGAAGAUGUGAAGUGGGUCGAUUUUUCCCGAGAUGUCAUGCUAGAAAAACCACAUGCGUCAGACUGUAAAAGCUGGAAUUCCGAUCGCUGCAGGUGCAAAAAAAUUAAACCAACGCUGUCAACAUACAUGGAAAAAAAAUACAAUUAUGUUAUUCACGCUAAAGUCAAGGCCGUGAGCCGAAGCGGUUGCCAUGAGAUAACGACGGUGGUGGAGGUGAAAGAAGCGCUGAAGUCCUCGCAGCCCAUCCCGCGCGCUCACGUCCCCUUGAUCACCAACUCGUCCUGCCCGUGCCCGCAGCCGCUGCUGAAUCAAGAGGUGCUCAUUAUGUGCUACGAGUGGCGCUCAAGACUGAUGCUGCUUGAGGGGUGCCUUGUGGAAAGGUGGAAAGACCAGUUGGUAAAGAGAUAUAAGCGAUGGGAGCAAAGACUACAGGAGCAACAAAGGAACCCCAACACCGGCAGCCCCAAAGUGAACCCUAAAAGCACAGGUUCAGCCUCCGGUACCCCCAAAAAGACCGCCACAAGCAAGAACACCCAAAGGGAUGGGAAACCCAAAAAAUCAUAAGCUGCCAAAUUUCUAUUACAUCAUGUUACAGUGGAGGGUUCUGCAUGAUGACUAGUGGCGUCUGGCUUCACAAGCCAGGCAAAUGGUUGACAAUAUUUCCAUGGUUUUCUUUUUCUGGGGGGAGGGGGGGUGUGGCUAUUAUGCUACCUGUCAAGUUCUCUCACCGUACAGUGCCAACAUUUUUGCACUACAUUUGUGUUUUGUUUCUCAAGCUCCUUUGUGUUUAACCAGGGUGACACCACCUAGUGUUGCCCUUCAUGAUUGCAUCUGGUUAUGCGUUAGUGACACUCCUGUGUGCUGCAAAAAAAACUUUGCAACUAAGUAGAUUUGACGUUUUUGUAUUGUUUCUACAUAUAUUGAUUUUUUUUCUUUUUUUAAAUGUAUUAUAUACUUCAGACUGGCUUCUGUUGUUUUCAACUUAUUUAAAAAUUAUUGAGAGAUGAAUAGUGGUGUUCCUUAGGGAAUUGUGCACAGAGUUCAUGCAAUGCAAAUAGGGGAAGGGUUAGGACUGAGGUGACAGGCGUGAAUGUGAUAGAAAUGUCACCCCUGUCGCAGUGUGUUAUUAAAAAUUGUUGCACAAAUCCAGCCUCUGCUUUCAGCUGGAAAACAGCAUCUGCUUAAGAGCUUGUAUUUUUAAGAACCCAUAAACUUACUUUUCUUAUGGCACUUUUAGUGAGUUAGUGGAGUAAAAAGAGGAGUUCCCCACCUGCACUUUCCUCUCAGAUUUUAUAUUUUGUAUGCCAUAUUACCAUGUGUAAUAGUUGUAUUCAUUUUUCUUUCUGCAGUUGUCAAAAUAAGAACUAUUCCAUUGUUAAAUGGCUUUCCCUGUUUUCGUAUUGUUGCAUAUCCUACCAUGUGAUCACUACUUGAGUGUGCAUGAGGAUGUACUGUAGUUUUUGUGUCUUUGAAAAAAACACGCAUUUUGGUGUUGUCAGUUCAGAAGAUGGUCAAAGUUCGGCAAGACUGACAUACAGAACCAGGGCAGGGCUAGUGCUAUGAGCUGGACUAUCUCAUACUCAUUGAAAGGCCAUAUGAGCAUUGCUAGUAGGCUUCUGGAUAGCUGGAAAAUAGAAGUUAUUUUUUUAUAUUUCACCAUUAUGCAAUACCUCUUUAUAUGUGAAUGGUGGCAGUCUGAAAACUCCUAUCUUUUCCAUUUGUGGUGCCAUCCUGGGAAUCAUUUAAACUGAAAUCAACGAAAAUGUAAUGUUUCAACAGCUUCCUGCUUUUCAAACAUGGUUCCCCCAUGCACAUAUAUUCAUAUAAUCACUUGCAAUUAUAAAGCAAUUAGGACACAAUGGAAUAUGCAGCUUAUUGCUUGAUAGAUGUAAGAGCAACAUUGUACUAUUACAGCAGUGUCUCUUUUUUAACAGAGAAUUUUAAUCUGCAUGGCCAGAAUCCUCUUGUGAAUGAAAUGUAAUAAUAAUCUCUUUCAGAGGGCUGCAGUCCUAGUCCUGCACUUUUUAGUGGGAGAUUUGAAAUAGUCAGUAAGAAAAGGUCUGGGAAAUAUGGUAACACACUGGCGGAAAAAAAACAUACAGGACCAGGUCUGCAGGCCCCUGUUCUUGAACAUUCAGUGUAUGUAACCUGAUUCUGUCUUAUGUUUUAUGGUAUGUUAACUCAACUCAACAUCUCAACCUACUACAGGAUCAGGAAAACACAAAAAGUGACUUGUGUUGCACACAGGGUUAUAAUGCUUGACAACUAACACUCUCAGUAUUAGUCUCUGCUUGAGUGCAGGGAAAUUAAAAACAUAAAUAAAGCCCUGAAAGGGCCUGUGAUUAGCGUUUCAUUUAAUGUAAGAAAUGCGAUAGAUUUGUGUAUCACUUCAGACAACUGCUCAUUGUCUUUUGACUGUGAACACUGCGCUUUCUUGUUAAUUCAUAAAGUUGACCAAGUUCACUGCCAAAGACUUAUCUGUGGAGGUGUCAGUAAAUGUGAAGUUUGUUAUAUUUUUUCCUCUCUAAGCCUAAAAGCAAAUUAAUGUUGUUGAUAUACAGUAUUUCCUAAGGUUCUGAUACAAAAGUGACUACACACACUGAAAUAUUUCUUCCACUUCGCUACAUUACUGCAUAGCAAAAGAAGACUCAGUUGUGAGACUUACACAUGUAUUGGUCUCAAAGCAUUGAGAGUCUUUCAUUUUUGCUGUGUAAUAGAUGGAUUUAGGAAAGCACUUUAGUGAGUUUUGUGACUUAUCGUGAUCACAAAAAUUUCCACAAUCUACAUCUCCACAAGAUGACUUGUGUGCAACCUCUUUUCCUUUUGCCUAUUUUCCCUAAGGUGCAAUAAUUUUAUUAUUGUUAUAACUAUUGUUUUUUUGUUGUUCUUUUAAAAGCUGGCUUUAUUGCAUGCUUCGGUGUUUUAUAACAAGUGAACAAGACUGCUGGAACAGCUUUUUAAAUGUCUGCCACAUCAUUUUUUAAACCGAUUUUUUAAAGCAAUUUUUUUUGUAAAUCCAUAGAAAACAAUUGUAAAAAAUUAUGCCAUCCCACAAUGUACAGCAUUCCUUCACACUUUAAAAUGUAAGAGGUCAACAUUCCUCCUCUGAAAUAAAAUAUAUCACAUCUGA